AUGGUAGAUCUUGAUAAGAUACUACAUAUUAUAGAUGAAGAUGUUGUAGAAACAGUCAUAAAAAAACCAUUAUUUGAUAUGAUUGAUAUGGAAAAUUAUCUAAUUGAUGAAUUGCAUGUUAUACUAAGAAUUACUGAUAGAUUAUGGAGUUUAUUAAUACAUGAAAUAAUUGCAUCUGGAUAUUUUGACAUAGCACGUGAAAUUAUUAUUGAAGAGAUGCAUCGAAUUGGCCAAGACAAGCUUAAAGUAUUAUGUUAUUUUAAUUUGGAAACAAUUUUAGAACCUACUUGA